GUUUGUCGGUUACUGUGGUAACGGACUGAGUCCGGAAGUGGCCCUGAGAAACAGAAACAUCUUUAGAACAAACAUGGCUGUGCAAAGCUGGAUUGAUAUCCUAAAAUCCUCAAAGAAAACAGCUUUGAUACACGAUGGAAAAAGGAAGAUCCAUUACCUUUUUACAGAUGGAAGAGAAAUGGCAGAAGAGUAUGACUUGAAAACAGAUGAGCUCAUUGUACGAAAGUGGCGUCAUAAAAGCACACUUGGAGCUCAUGGAGAAUGGCAGGUAGAAGUUGGGGAGCCACUUGCAGGAACUGUCACUUCUUUGGAUUCGGAGAUGAUCAAGGAGAAUUGCUCCAAUCCUGUGUUCAUGCGUAAAGACACAAAGACCAGCUUUCAGUGGAGAAUCCGCAACCUUCCCUACCCCAAAGAUGUCUUCAGUGUUUCUGUGGAACCGUCUGAGAGAUGCAUCAUCAUAAAAACCUCAAACAAAAAGUAUUAUAAGAAGUUCAGUAUUGUUGAUUUAGAUCGCAGUCAGCUGCCAUUGGACAGCUCCGCUCUCACCUUCACUCACGCCAACAACACUUUGAUUGUCAAUUAUAAGAAACCCAAGGAGAUCUUAACCCUUGAACAGGAGCUGCUGAAGGAGCUGAAGAAACUGAAGGGGACUGGUGAAGGAGAUGUCGACUGCAAAACUCAGUGAAUUCUGACUGUGGGAGCAAGAGGAUCAUUCUGGGUUGCAUUUAAAGAAGUCAAAUGUGAGCGUUUAAUUUUUCUUUAGUGGAUCCCUUCGUUGCAAAAAGCACAGUGCCUUCCUAAUGCUUCUAUUUGUGUUUAGUAACUGGGGUCAAUUUACUAGAGUUGUUAGUGUUGAAAUGUGUCCUGCCAUUCAUAUUUGAUACAGAAAUAUUCAUUAAAAUAUAUUGUUUUGCAGUCUCACAAUCAGAUUUAUUAACAUUAUGUUUUCCCAAAUGAUUUCUUUCACAGAAAAAUAAUUUAACAAUUUACAUAAAACCUUUUGUAGGGAAAUUUAAAAUUGUAUCACAACAGUGUCUAUUUUUGCAAACCUACCAGGGAGCAAUUUUGAUGGGGUCACAUAACCUACCACCCUCCUUUCAUUGAUGUCCUUGUAAAACACUCAAAACACACAAUGCCUCAUCCCUGUUCGUUCCAGGGUCACUCUUACGAGCACAUCCCAUUUGUGUUAACUGAAUACCCUCAUGUUCCUUGCAUGUAGGGGGCCACCCUGAAAGCCAUUACUGAAACUCUGGUCAGCGAGCAAGCUAGUGUUACUGUUUCCCUUUACAACAGAGGGUCUGACCCUGUGGUCUCCAGCUAAAACUCCAUACACACAAGUAAGAAAUGGGUGUAACUGUUGCUUUGUUCCAAAUGGAUAUCUUGUUAUUGUCUAACAAAUAUAAAGAUGGUAUUUCAUGCAUUUGGAUUUUUGAAGUCUAUGUAUAUAUGACAUCUAUAGAUGGAAAAUGAUUGUAUAGGCCCAUGCUUCCAGAUGGGAUGUUUGUCUACUUUUUCACCAAGACCAAUUAAGUAAAAACAUUGUCGAGUCAGAAAAUACUUAGACAGUGGAUAAAAAAAGAACAGUGCUGUUUAAAAGAGACAAUGGCAUUUAAAUAUAGAUUGUUUCAACCUUG